CAGGAGGGUAUAAAAGAGCUCAGGAGAUGAAAGCUGGAGGAUCUGCUCCUGGAGUUUCAGUCUGCUGCAGACAUGUUUGCCUGGACCUUUGUGGUGCUGCUGGUGGUGCCCUCUUCAUGGGCCGAGAGAGGCCCAUCUGUCUCUGAAGUUUUGGAGAAAGCCAACGCCAACAUUGUGCAUCGUGUGGGCCAGCCCAUCCUGAUCGAAGGAGAUAUUGCCAUUGACACUGAUGCUGAGAGGAACGCUGACCCCUGCACCUCCUACGGCUGCAUGUGGGGCAAAUGGAGCGAUGGCUUUGUCUAUAUCCCCUACUACAUCGCUAACCACUACUCUGAUAGGGAAAGGUCCAUCAUCAUUCGUGGUCUGGAGUCCUUCUCCUCCGUCUCCUGCAUCCGCUUCAGACCCACCAUAAGCACCGACACCGACUGGCUAAGCAUUGAGUCUCAGGAUGGCUGCUGGUCCUAUGUGGGCCGCCGUGGGGGGAAGCAGGUGCUGUCUCUGGACCGCAAUGGAUGUAUUUACCACAACACUGUCCAGCACGAGCUCCUCCACGCUCUGGGCUUCAACCACGAGCAGACCCGCUCCGACAGGGACAAUUACAUCAGGGUGCUGUUGGAGAAUGUGAUAUCUGGAAUGGAGCACAACUUCAGGAAGAUCAACACACUGAACCAGGGCACUCCCUACGACUACGGCUCAGUCAUGCAGUACUUCAGGACGGCUUUCUCCAAGAACGGCCAGCCCACCAUGAUCCCCAUCCCUGACCCCAAUGUGGAACUGGGCAACGCUCCGGAGAUGAGCAGCAACGACAUCAAGAGACUCAACACCCUGUACAAGUGCUAGGGAGGACAUCCAGGGCUGGUCAAAGCUUGAGAAAGAACAUCACCGAUUUCUGUGACUACUGGAGAUGUGAU